GUCCCUUAAGUUUAUGAUAAUAGCGGUGAGACCCCUCGGCAGGAUGCUUCCAAGAACCAUCAUCAAAAACGAUCUCCGCUGCCCGUCACGUCAACCUUGCUUUGACCGACUGGACACGUGGCUUUUCCCCAUUGGAUCAGAAGGGGGACCCCACCCGUACGAUUGUUUCUAUUUAUGUGUACCCUGUACUCGGCCCGCUGGGGCACACACUAGUACACUUCCUCCACGCACACUAUUCACUUUGAGAUUGAGAUUGAGAUUGAGAUUGAGUUUGAGAGCCCUAGCUUCUCUCCCGCUCCCUUUCCUCAUUUUCCCCUGAUGCUCUUUGCCUCAUGCUACACUGCCUAUAUAUCUCUCUAUACAUUCUCACAUUUUAAUUGAGACACACUUAAUUUUUUUUUGGUGGAACCUUUGAUUUGUGUUCUGAGCAUCGGCAAAUCGUUGCAUGCUAGCCGGAGAUGGCAUCGGCGUGCGUGAACAAUAUCGGAAUGUCGCCGGAGAGCUUCCUCGACUGUCCUCCGGCGGCUUUCCCUUCAUAUGGCUGGCUGAGCCCGAGGAUAUCGUUCAGCCGCGAGUUUCCCGACGAAGACGCAUCCAAAGUCGCCGUCAAUAGGUCGUCUCCGAAGCGGCUGCCGAUGCCGCACAAUGCGGAUGAGGAGAAGCUGGAAGAGCCAGAUCCGGAGGUCUCCAGCAAGGAUUUCGUUGAUUUCGAGUUCCGCCUCGAGGAUCCGGUCGCAAUGCUUCCCGCCGAUGAGCUUUUCGCUGACGGAAAACUCGUGCCGCUGCAGCUCUCUUCCAUCCGGCACUCGAUGACGUCAGUUCCGGUGUUUUCUGAAGCCAGAUCUCCGGAUACGCCUAAUUAUCGGCGUAGGAAUGAGAUAUCCUCCAGAGAUCCGUAUUUGUUUUCGCCCAAGGCGCCGAGGUGCUCGAGCCGGUGGAAGGAGCUUCUCGGCUUGAAGAAGCUGUACCAGAACAGCAAUGUGAAGCAGGAGGAUCCGAGAACGGCGUCGGCUCUAUCCUCGAAUAGCCACAACAAAAAUUCUGCCAGAGGCCUCAAACACUUGCUCCAGCGCAGCUCCAAGUCCUCAUUGAAUACAUCCAUAGAUUCAUCCUUAAAUCAACCGUUGUUAAAGGACUCGGACAAUGAGUCGAUAUCGAUAUCGUCCAGACUCUCUCUCUCAUCGUCUUCAUCUGGCCACGAGCACGACGAUCUUCCUCGACUCUCGCUCGAUUCAGAAAAGCCAACCAGCAUCAUUCGUAAUGCUCAUCAAUCCACCACCAGCAAUCUGUCCAGAGUUCGAUUGUCCAAAUAUAAAUCGGCCGCGAUGUCGUCGGAAAGCCGAACGGCACCGGGUAGGGCUGGCCGGAGCCCGAUGAGAAGAGCUCCUGAAACAGCCGCGCCGGUUCGCGGCGUUUCCGUUGACAGUCCUCGAAUGAACUCCUCCGGAAAAAUCGUGUUCCAUAGUUUGGAGAGAAGCUCGAGCAGUCCCAGCACUUUCAACGGUGGGCCAAGACACAAGCAUCGUGGAAUGGAGCGGUCGUAUUCAGCCAACGUCCGUGUCACUCCGGUUCUGAACGUGCCGGUUUGCUCGCUUCGCGGCUCGUCCAAAUCCGGCGUAUUUGGUUUUCCAUUGUUCUCGUCGCAACAGAGGAAAGAAACGGGUGGCAGUAGCGUUGGAAACAGAAGUCAGUAUAGUCACAGCAAGAACCGCACGGAUCGAACUUGAGAGAGAGGAAGGCUUAGAGUUUUUGUUUUUUGAGUAAUACUAAACCUUUUGCUUACUUUUUUUUUUUUUUUCUUCAAAUAACUUGGGAGUUUGAGGUUCAGCAUUACGUUCUCUCUGAAUGAAGGUUCGUUUCUACUGUGCUGGUUUGAUCCAUAGCCAUAGGCUGUUUUUCCAUUUUUUCUUGACAAAAUUUGAAAUUUACUAGUGUAUGUACAUAAGUAAUUUGGGUGCGUUUGAUUAUGAUUGGAGUUGUUGGUGCUAACUCUCAUUAUUCCAAAAGCUAAUGCUACUAAAUAUUCUGGGGGGCUUGUCUGUAACGAGAUUUGUUUUGAGAUGGGUUCUCUUUUUCAUCAUAUCUGCUUUUGGUUACCGGAAAGUUAAAUGGAAUCUCUGUUUUUUCUACUUUUCAAAA